CUUUAAAGCAAAAUGCUAACCUACUCUUUGUAAACACUAACGUUUUAGUCGACAUAAAUAAUAAAUAACCGUGAUUUUAAUACUUUGUCGAGGCCGUUUCAGUUUAGAACGACGCCUGUGUCUACACUGUGAGUGUAUUAGAUCUCCAAACAAAGAUAUUUACUGUGACAUCGGAUCACUUCGUUCAAAAAUACCUAGAAAUAUUCAGCGGCUAUACUACGAGCUACCUGUUCUGAUCUAAAAUGGCGAGUAUGAUAUGAUGUCAUGCAUCAGGAUGCAGUCCCCACGUGGGGACACGGCCCUGCGAUUGGCCGGCAGGGCAAAACUCUCGGUCCUCUCUUCUGAUUGGCUAGCAGAAGGUGCUCUCUCAGUGGCUCAGCCCUCGUGUCAGUAGACUGUCUGUGUGUGGCACAGGGUUGCAUUGCUGGACGAAAGGAAAAUGCUCGAGCGACGAAGUACAACGUUACACUUUUAAAAACCUCAAAACCUCUUCAAAUUCGGAAGUAUAUUUUUGGCAUUGUUUUCUGGGGAUUACACGAACAUUUUUUUUCGCGCCGUGGAGUUUGGCGUGUCUUUAUUGCUUUGCCCCGGAGAAGCUGGUUCUCAUCGAGUCGCUUCUUUUGAUAGAGCGAGCACACGAGAGAUGUUCGCCACCGUUCGCAUCCACGAGGAACCAUAUCUUUCUCUCAGAUAUUGAAGCGGUGAUUAACAUUUUCAGAAGUACUGGUACAGUGGAAGUGUUUCGGCAGUUCGGACGCACAAAGACAGCAGCAGAGAUCUGAGAGGAUUUUUGCCCCCAGCGUCCAGUGGGCUUCGUGUCCGGCUGAUUUUUACAGUACAGUGGCGUGCCCGUGGACACCCCCACCGAAUAGACCUCCAAUAAAUAAAGGAUACAUUUCGAGAUGUAUCCACAGGGCCGGCAUCCGGCGCCCCACCAGCCUGGUCAGCCAGGCUUCAAAUUCACAGUGGCAGAGUCCUGUGACAGGAUCAAAGACGAAUUUCAGUUCCUGCAAGCCCAGUAUCACAGUCUUAAAGUGGAGUACGACAAACUGGCCAAUGAGAAGACAGAGAUGCAGCGCCAUUAUGUCAUGUACUAUGAGAUGUCCUAUGGGCUGAACAUUGAAAUGCACAAACAGACCGAGAUUGCCAAAAGGCUCAAUGCGAUUCUUGCCCAGAUUAUGCCUUUUCUGUCACAAGAGCACCAACAGCAAGUAGCACAAGCUGUUGAACGUGCAAAGCAAGUUACAAUGACUGAACUGAAUGCUAUCAUCGGGGUACGUGGACUUCCCAAUCUGCCUCUCACCCAGCAGCUCCAGGCCCAGCACCUCUCACACGCAGCCCACGGCCCCAUGGCUUUACCUCCCCACCCUUCGAGCCUUCAGCCACCAGGAAUCCCACCGGUCACCAGCUCUGGCUCGGGCCUGCUGGCUCUAGGAGCCCUGGGAAGUCAGCCACACUUGCCGGUGAAGGAUGAAAAAAACCACCAUGACCUAGAGCACCGAGAGAGCACAAACAACUCGAUUUCUCCAUCAGACAGCCUACGCACAACCAGUGAGAAACACCGCACCUCCUCCGAUUAUAGCUUGGACUCCAAGAAACGCAAAGUGGAAGACAAGGACAGCAUGAGCCGAUAUGACAGUGACGGUGACAAAAGUGAUGAUCUGGUGGUUGAUGUUUCCAACGAGGACCCUGCCACACCCAGAGGCAGCCCUGCCCACUCCCCUCCUGAGAAUGGCAUAGAUAAGCCCCGCCCUGCAAAGAAGGAUACGCCCAACAGCCCUGCCUCUGUGGCCUCCUCCGGCAGCACCCCUUCCUCUAAAAACAAGGAGCAUGGCCAUAAUGACAAAUCCUCCACGCCUGGUCUGAAGUCCAACACCCCCACGCCUCGUAACGAUGCCCCCACCCCGGGUACCAGCACCACCCCUGGGCUGCGGCCCAUCCUAGGCAAGCCUCCAAUGGAAGCUCUUGCCGCCCCUGCUUUGCGCACCCCACUUUCUUACCCAACUCCCUUUGCCAUGAUGAGCCACCAUGAGAUGAAUGGUUCUCUGACCAGCCCUGGUGUCUAUGCCGGCCUUCACAUCUCUCCUCAGAUGAGUGCGGCCGCUGCUGCUGCCGCUGCCUACGGACGCUCACCCAUGGCAGGUUUUGAGCAUCCUCAUAUGAGAGCUCCCGGCCUCCCUGCCAGCCUCACCUCAAUCUCUGGAGGAAAACCAGCCUAUUCUUUUCACGUCAGCGCUGACGGACAGAUGCAGCCUGUGCCCUUCCCUCCAGAUGCUCUGAUUGGUCCAGGGAUCCCACGUCAUGCCCGUCAGAUCAACACACUCAGUCAUGGAGAGGUGGUGUGUGCUGUGACUAUAAGCAAUCCCACUCGACACGUAUACACGGGUGGCAAGGGCUGUGUUAAGAUCUGGGACAUCAGUCAGCCUGGAAGCAAGAGUCCGGUGUCUCAACUAGACUGCCUGAACCGGGACAACUAUAUUCGGUCGUGUAAACUAUUGCCUGAUGGCCGCACUCUUAUCGUUGGAGGGGAGGCCAGCACACUGACCAUUUGGGAUCUUGCCUCCCAGACACCCCGCAUCAAAGCCGAGCUGACCUCCUCCGCACCGGCCUGCUACGCGCUGGCCAUCAGCCCCGACGCCAAGGUGUGCUUCUCCUGCUGCAGCGAUGGAAACAUUGCCGUUUGGGACCUCCACAACCAGACCCUUGUCAGGCAAUUUCAAGGCCACACAGAUGGUGCCAGCUGCAUUGAUAUCUCUCAUGAUGGCACCAAGCUCUGGACAGGUGGCCUUGACAACACAGUCCGCUCCUGGGACCUGAGAGAGGGACGGCAACUCCAGCAGCAUGACUUCACAUCUCAGAUCUUCUCCCUGGGCUACUGUCCUACGGGUGAGUGGCUGGCUGUCGGCAUGGAAAGCAGCAACGUGGAGGUGCUCCACCACACCAAACCUGACAAGUACCAGCUGCACCUUCACGAGAGCUGUGUUCUCUCUCUCAAAUUUGCCUACUGUGGUAAAUGGUUCGUGAGCACUGGGAAGGACAAUCUGUUGAACGCAUGGAGGACUCCCUACGGCGCCAGCAUAUUCCAGUCUAAGGAAUCAUCCUCAGUCCUGAGCUGUGACAUAUCAGCCGAUGACAAGUACAUUGUUACAGGCUCUGGAGACAAGAAGGCCACGGUGUAUGAAGUGAUCUACUAGACUGAGAGGUAACAGACUGGAGCAGCUCAGGCCUCUGGAGGAGGAAGGGGGGACACACAACUUCUCACUCCAGUGACUCUCCUAGUCAAACAGACAGGAACAGCCCUUGUCUGUCUGUCUGACUGUCUGUCUCAUGCUCACUGACUUUUAACUGACUGACCACAGACGUGGAAGAGUGGACGCUGGGGUGACAUGGACUAGGACACAAAUGUGCAGCCCUACAGACUCCAUACACUCUGCUCAGUUCAUAUGGCACUAGAGAACACUCGAUGUUUCCUUCCUUGCUGUUUUUUUGUUUUUGUUUUUUGCUGCAAAUCUUUCUUUGUUGGAUUUUGGGUCUAUUUUUUUUAAGGUUCCAUAAUGCAUCGUGAAGCAGCGCUUCGUUCUGAAACUUCAUCUGUGUGGAGGGUAUGUGAAAAGUGUACAUAAUGGAGUAUUAAAAUGCCUUUUAUAGAUUUAUAUUUUGGUGUCCUGUUACACUUGUGAUGGUUCUCUUUCUCUCUCUCUCGCUCUCAUUCUCUCCUUGAUGCUUCGUUUCCCCUUCGAGGUUUGGAAAUUAGAUUAAGACUUUUUUUCUAUGAGGAUAUUCUAUUUGCCCCCUCUCCCCCUUUGAGAAGUUCAUUUUCCAAGCUAACCUUUUAUGGAAAUCUAAUUUACUUUUUUCCCUCCCUCCUGAAAAACAAUUUUGAACUAAAUCGCAUUACAGAGGUGUUUUUGUAAUAUGUCCUGUGGAUUUUUUUGAGUGGCUUAAACCCCAUGUAAGGCACCUGAGACUGCACUCAAGGCUCCAUGGGGAGGGGCAGAUCAGUUCCCAAGCAAACUCGCUGACUGGACGCUAAGCCUUCCUGCGAGAACAGAGACCUCAUUGGGGCACACAGACCUGGAUUUUGAUAUUUACCGAUUAGUAGAGGACUACUCUCAAACCUGUGAUUUCAUUGUGCUGUUGUAAGACCAGGACAUGACAUUUUGUCUUGUAGUGGAAGAAUUGGGAUUUGGGUCAAUUGGUUAUUUUCCCCCCUUACUGAGUCCCGAGUGACAUACACUGUGUUUUGUGUGCAUAGUGUUCCAUAUAAAGGAAGCACAUAGUAAAAUGUCUGCCGAUAAACCAAACUGACUGUAACACUCUAGCCUAAUGCACAGGCAUUUACUUACAGACCAGCUUGUUUAUAGCAUCACACUGUUAGUAUUUCCCUUCCCAAAAAUAAAGAGAAAAGAGCUGUAAGAAAUGGACACGUUUCAAAACACACACCAAAGUAUGUAGCAAACUGAGUUGUCACUGAAGAUAUGUACAGUUGUUGAUAAUUCAAUAAACUGUUUUUGUAAAAAAAAAAAAAAA